UCUUCAUUAUAUUUGUGAUUUACAACUGUAAAUCAAGCCGUACAACUUCCAAAAUGGCUACGUUUGCUCUUUUCAUUUCAGCCUUGUGCUGUGUUUUGGCAAUUACAUCGGCGGGUGAAGAAUUGACACAAUCCGAUGUUAGAAAUGCCGAUACUUCAAUCGUCCUUCCCGAAGGAUCAUUCUACGAUGACAUGUCUAAGUUCUACGGUGCUGUUGGAAGUUUCGACCAGACCAAAUUGUAUAGCGUUCUUUCUGCUAACUUCAAAGCCGCUAAAAUGGAUGAUCAGAAGGUAAAAGACACAUUCAAAAAUUUAUACAAAGUCAACGCAUUGAUAAAGAACAAUCCUAUGAUUCGCCCUGAUCUAUUUAAUGCAACUAUUGUUAGCGGUUUUUCAACUAAGAAUGACGAGGAAAAAUUCAAUGCUAUAUUUGAUUCCAUUAAGGGAAUGUACUAUAGAGCUCAACACAUGGACAAAUAUUUGAAGUCACUAAGGUGGAAUACUGAUAUUGUUGAGGAAGAUCGUGAGAAGGCAGUUGAAUAUUUCAAGAAGCAUGUUUAUACGGGGGAACACGUUGUUGACGUCAACGGUAUGGCUGGUGUUUGCAAGGAGUUUUUAAGCCCGGCCUCUGAUUUCUACAAACUUGUUGAGUCUUUUGAUGCGUUUGCACAUGCUAAGGUGCACGCUCAAGUAGGAAAUUUUGUUAAACCUGGAACUGACAUCGCUCCUCCUAAGGAUGUUACUGAUGCAUUAGAAAAGGAAUUGCAAGAGCAAAAACCUGCACGAAGUGAGAGCACCGAAGUACCCGCUCCAGGUGAUGCAUCUGGCGUCCAACAACCGCCUGCAUCAGGAACAUCCCCGCAAGGACCUGCUCCGACUACACCCAGCCCAUCUCCAGAGUCCUCAGGAAACCUCCAAGGACAACAGGGUACAACCAAGCCAGCCGGAUCUUCAUUCACCUAUGGCGGAUUGACUGUGGCCACUCUCUGCUACUUCGUUCUCUCUGCAUUUUAAUAACUAAUGGUAGUGACACAAUAGUUUUGUAAACUCAUGUUUUUUAACUUUUAAUAUGUAGUG